AUGGCACCGAGCGUUAUCGUCGUUGGCGGCGGCCUUUCCGGCCUCAGCGCUGCCCACACCAUCUACCUCGCCGGCGGCAACGUUGUUGUCCUCGACAAGCAGGGCUUCUUCGGCGGUAACUCGACAAAAGCCACAUCCGGCAUCAACGGCGCCCUCACAAGGACACAGGUUGAGCACGGCAUUCAGGACAGCGUGAAGCAGUUCUACGAUGACACCCUCAAGUCCGCCCGUGACAAGGCGAGGCCUGAUCUCAUCAAGGUGCUUACCUACAAGUCCGCCGCGGCCGUCGAAUGGCUGCAGGAUGUGUUCAACCUCGACCUCACUCUUGUUUCCCGUCUUGGUGGCCACUCCCAGCCCCGCACCCACCGUGGUCACGAUGCCAAGUUCCCUGGUAUGGCCAUCACUUAUGCUCUGAUGCAGAGACUCGAGGAGCUCGCCGAAACCGAGCCUCACCGCGUUCGUAUCAUCAAGAAGGCCCGCGUCACCGGCCUCAACAAGCAGGGUAACAGCAUCACCGGUGUUCAGUACGAGCACAAUGGCGAGAAUUUGUCUAUUGACGGUCCCGUCGUCCUCGCCACUGGCGGUUACGCUGCCGACUUCAGCGACUCCUCCCUGCUCAAGCAGCACCGUCCCGACACCUUUGGCCUGGCGACCACGAACGGCGCCCACGCAACUGGCGACGGCCAGAAGAUGGUUAUGGCCAUUGGCGGUAACGGCAUCGACAUGGACAAGGUGCAGGUCCACCCGACGGGUCUCGUCGACCCCAAGGACCCCGGCUCCAAGUGGAAGUUCUUGGCCGCCGAGGCUCUCCGUGGCGAGGGCGGUAUCCUCCUGAACGCCGACGGAGACCGCUUCUGCGACGAGCUCGGACACCGCGACUACGUCUCGGGCAUGAUGUGGAAGGAGAAGGACAAGGGCAAGUUCCCCAUCCGCCUGAUCCUCAACUCCAAGGCUUCCAAUACCCUCGACUUCCACACCCGCCACUACUCCGGCCGUGGCCUCAUGAAGAAGAUGACCGGUAAGGAGCUUGCCAAGGAGAUCGGCUGCACCCCGGAUCAUCUGCAGAAGACCUUCCAGACCUACAACGCCAUCGCCGAGGGCAAGCAGAAGGACCCGUGGGGCAAGAAGUUCUUCCACAACCUUCCCCUGGACAUCAGCGACGACUUCCACGUCUCUCUAAUGGAGCCGGUGCUUCACUUUACCAUGGGUGGUAUCGAGAUCAACGACAAGGCCCAGGUUCUCAACAAGGAGCAGAAGCCAUUCGAAGGCCUCUACGCUUGUGGUGAGCUUGCUGGUGGUGUCCACGGCGCCAACCGCCUUGGUGGUUCGUCCCUCUUGGGCUGCGUUGUCUACGGCCGUGUCGCCGGUGAUUCCGCCAGCAACUUCCUCUUCCAGCAAGCCCUCAAGGGUUCGACUGGCGCGGCUCGCCUUGGCCAAAUCGCCCUACACAUCGACCCCUCAACCCCGGGCAAGAUUUCGGUCGAAUGGGCCGGUGCUAGCAGCACCGAGGCGCCUAAGGCGCAGGCUGUGUUGGCCAGCGUCCCCGCCGCCAAGCAGGAGUCCAGCGAGGCGAAGCCCUUCGCCAUCCCUGAGAAGGAGUACACCAUGGAGGAGAUUGCCAAGCACAACAAGAAGGAGGACCUCUGGGUUGUCGUCAAGGGCGUCGUGCUAGACUUGACCAACUGGCUCGAUGACCACCCGGGUGGCCCCCAGGCCCUUCUCAACUUCAUGGGCCGUGACGCAACCGAAGAGUUUGAGAUGCUCCACGAUGACGAGGUCAUCCCCAAGUAUGCGCCUUCCCAGGUCAUCGGGCGCGUCAAGGGCCAGAAGGUCACCCUAGAGAUCUAA